AACCUGAUCCGUUAUUUAUCCGCACUACGUAGUGAACCUACGUAAGGGUUUGUUGUGAUUUGGGACUCGGCGUACGUACAGUAGCGUGAGACGUGAAAAGAGGAACUUGCGUAGAUUCUUUGCUUCUUAGCGAAAUGCCUCAGAAAAACAAAUCCAAAGCUUCCUGUGGAACCAUCCACGACCUCGGUCCUGAGAGCGGAGAACCGCCUCCAUCACAACCUCUUCAACCCGACACAAGAGUCACCCUGGCUUCUGGAGAACCAGCUGGAGAUGCAGAGAAAGAUCUUGAGGACUUAGAGAUCGUUAAAUCGCCAAGCGAUCCAAAGAAAUACAGGUACGUCGAGUUGAGUAAUGGUCUGAGAGCGCUGCUCAUCUCCGACCUGGGACAGCAAAGCUGUGUGUGCAAGUCUGAGCACGAGGAUGAUGAUGAGAGUGAUGAGGAAGAGGAAGACGGUGGGUCUGAGGAAGACGGCGAAGAAGACGCAGAUGGUGAAAUCUCGGGGGGGAAUGGCGGUGUGAGGAAGAAGGUGAAGAAAGCAACUUCGGAGAAACAGUCAGCGGCUGCUCUUUGUAUCUCUGUGGGAAGCUUCAGUGAUCCGCAGGAUCUGCCUGGUCUUGCCCAUUUCCUAGAGCACAUGGUGUUCAUGGGCAGCGAGAAAUACCCGGCUGAGAACGGCUUCGACGCAUUUCUGAAGAAACACGGCGGCAGUGACAACGCUUCAACCGACUUGGAGAGGACAAUCUUUCAGUUCGAUGUUCAGAGGAAGUACUUCAAAGAAGCCCUUGAUAGGUGGGCGCAAUUCUUCAUCUGCCCUUUGAUGAUAGAAGACGCUAUUGAAAGAGAGGUGGAGGCAGUGGACAGUGAAUUUCAGCUGGCCAGACCAUCUGACUCUCAUCGCAAAGAAAUGCUCUUCGGAAGUCUCGCAAAACCCAACCAUCCGAUGGGCAAAUUCUGCUGGGGAAAUGCCCAAACUCUGAAGCACGAACCGAAGGAAAAGAUGAUAAAUACUUAUGAGCGUCUGCAGGAGUUCUGGAGGAGACACUACUCUGCUCAUUACAUGACCCUCACGGUGCAGUCUCGAGAGAGUCUGGACACGUUAGAGGAAUGGGUGAGGGAAGUUUUCAUCAAGGUCCCAAACAAUGGUCAAGCUCAUCCCGAUUUCUCCAACCUGCAGGACCCUUUUACUACACCAGAUUUCAACAAGCUUUAUAGAGUGGUUCCCGUGAGAAAAAUCCACGCUCUGACUAUCAGCUGGGCUUUACCUCCACAAGGCAUGCAUUACAGGGUGAAGCCUUUGCACUAUAUAUCAUGGCUGGUUGGACAUGAGGGUGCUGGCAGUAUCCUCUCUGUCCUCAGGAAGAAGUGCUGGGCAUUAGCUCUGUUUGGCGGCAACAGUGAGACAGGAUUUGAUCAGAACACUACCUACUCCAUCUUUAGCAUCUCCAUUACUCUGACAGAUGAGGGCUACCAGAAUUUCUACCAGGUGGUGCAUUUGGUGUUCCAGUACAUGAAGAUGCUUCAGAAACUCGAACCUCAGCAGAGGAUUUAUGAAGAAAUUCAGAAGAUAGACGCCAACGAGUUUCACUAUCAGGAGCAGACAGAUCCAAUUGAGUUUGUGGAGAAAAUUUGUGAGAACAUGCAGCUUUUCCCCAAGGAGGACUUUCUUUGUGGAGACCAGCUCAUGUUUGAAUACAACCCAGAGGUGAUUUCCGAUGCCUUGGCAUUGCUCACUCCUGAGAGAGCAAACCUGCUUCUGCUGUCCCCGGAGCAUGAGGGACAAUGCUCACUAAAGGAGAAGUGGUUUGGCACUCAGUACAGAGUAGAAGAUAUUCCUCUGGAAUGGAGCACACUAUGGUCUGAAGAUUUUCCUCUGAACCCUGCCCUUCAUCUCCCAUUUGAGAACAAGUUCAUAGCUACGGAUUUCACGCUGAAGACGCCCGACUGUCCUGACACCGAGUUCCCAGUCAAGAUAGUCGACGACAGCCGAGGGCGACUGUGGUUCAAAAGGGACAUAAAGUUUAAAAUACCGAAAGCAUACAUUCGCUUCAACUUACUGACACCCCUGAUUCAAGAGUCUCCAGAAAACCUGGUUCUGUUUGACCUCUUUGUGAACAUACUGGCCCAUAACUUGGCUGAGCCGGCUUACGACGCAGAUGUGGCCCAGUUGGAAUAUAAACUUCUUCCAGGAGAUCAUGGCCUGGUCAUCCGCUUAAAAGGUUUCAACCACAAACUGCCCCUGCUCCUAAACCUGAUUGUAGACUACUUAGCAGACUUCACUGCAACUCCAGACGUAUUCAGCAUGUUCGAGGAGCAAUUGAAAAAGAUGUACUUUAACAUCCUCAUCAAGCCAGAGAGGCUGGGAAAAGACGUGCGUCUUCAGAUCCUGGAGCACUCUCGAUGGUCAGUCAUCCAGAAGUACCAGGCCAUCAACAAAAACCUCUCCAUGGAAGAUCUGAUGCGUUUUGUUGCCAAGUUUAAGGCACAGAUGUUUGUGGAAGGACUGGUACAAGGCAACUUCAAAAGUGAUGAGUCCAAAGAGUUUCUGCAGUAUUUUGUAGAAAGGCUCCAGUUUCAGCCACUUCCUGCUGAGCCUCCUGUUCUGUUCCAUGUGGUGGACCUGCCAAGCAAGCAUCACUUGUGUAAAGUCCGGUCUUUAAACAAGGGUGAUGCCAACUCUGAGGUCACUGUUUAUUAUCAGUCUGGGAUUAAGAACCUCAGAGAACAUGCGCUGAUGGAGCUACUUGUGAUGCACAUGGAGGAGCCCUGCUUUGACUUCCUCAGGACUAAAGAGACUUUAGGGUAUCAGGUGUACCCUACCUGCAGGAACACAUCCAAUAGCCUCGGCUUCUCUGUUACUGUUGAGACUCAAGCAACCAAAUUCAGCACCGACUUUGUAGAGAACAAAAUCGAAGAGUUCUUGGUGAACUUUGGCGAAAAGAUGGCCAAUCUGUCAGACGAGGCAUUUCAGGCACAAGUCACUGCUCUAAUCAAGCUGAAGGAGUGUGAGGACACGCACCUUGGCGAGGAGGUCGACAGGAACUGGUUCGAGGUGGUCACCCAGCAGUACGUUUUUGACCGACUUGGCAAAGAGAUAGCAGCUCUCAAACAGAUGACCAAAGCAGAUCUAGUUUCUUGGUACACGGAGCACAAAGGUGCCGAGUGCAAGAAGCUUAGCGUACACGUGGUCGGCUUCGGGGAGGAGGAGAAAAACCACGGAGACACCCCGACCUCCGUCGACUCGGUGCAGAAGAGCGAUGAUGGUGAAGACAAGUGUUCAUCGUACGGCGAGGUCUCCAAGCUCACCUUCCUUCCAGCCUCACCAGCCCUCGCCGGAGCCUCCACGAUUACAGACAUCCGUGCAUUCACGUCCUCACUUCCGCUCUAUCCUUACCACAAAGUCCUCGGCUAGGAUUCCAACUCCAUCCCAGCAGAACUCAGGAAACUCUGUGGAGAUAUACCUGCUUGAGGAACUACCUCAGAUUUGAAGAACGUAAUGUAGCGAUGCACUGUAAUGAGGCUUCAUCUCGGUAUAGAUAUUCAUCAUAUCAAAAGAAAAGUGAAGAGAUGUUUUUUUUCUGGAGUAUGAGUUUUGAAAAGGUCAUAAUGAAGCACGUGGAAUGGGUUUGCAAUGUGAGCUUCACCUGUAGCGAGAUCUGUAGCAUAUACAGUAUUGCAUGUUUUAUCCUUUUGUCUGUUCAUCAAAUGUAUAUAUGCAAUAAAUUUGUGUCAGGGAGAAAAGGCAGAUUCUAAACUUCA